AUGAAGAGUCCAUCUCCCAUCCCCUUCCUUUUCCUCCUGGCGCUGGCUCUGGCUGGCGGGAACCUGCUCCAGUUCGGAGUCAUGAUCGAGAAGGCGACAGGGAAACUGGCCGCAUUGCAUUAUAAUGACUACGGCUGCUACUGUGGCAUUGGAGGCUCCAAACAGCCAGUGGACCAGACCGACUGGUGCUGCCAUGCCCAUGACUGCUGCUAUGGACGGAUGGCUGAGCUGGGCUGUGACCCCAAGAUAGAAAAGUACGAUUUCUCUGUCACCAGGAACAACAUUGUCUGUGCCGGCAGGACAGAAUGUCAGAGACUGACGUGUGACUGUGAUAAGACGGCGGCGUUGUGUUUCCGAGGUAACGCCAGCACCUACAACCGGAAGUACGCCCACUACCCCAACAAGCUGUGCAAGGGCCCAACCCCACCCUGCUGAGAGGGUGAUGGGGGUAGGGCUCUAGGUGGAUCGGGCCCUUCCCAAUUUCCCCGGCACUGUACGCCCAUCAGUCCAAGUCACCCCAACCU